AUGUCGACUCUGUUCAGCGAUCUGUUCCGGGUUGAACAGCUCGACAGCGCCCGUUACGACCGUGUCGCCCGUAUCCAGGCGCAGUGUACCACUACCGCAGACAUUGCUCUUACUUUGGAUAUCAACACUGAACUGUUUCCAGUUCAGGUUGGCGAGACACUGACCGUGGCUCUAGCUAGCUCCUUGUCGCUGGACGGCGAGGCCCCUGCCUCCAAAAGCUGGCGGCCGCCCCGGGCAAACGAAUCCAGUCUCGCCGACGAGUACCAGUAUGUUAUGUAUGGCACAGUUUACAAGUUCACCGAGGCAGGCGGCGACAAGCUCGCCAUGUAUGUUUCGUUCGGCGGGUUGUUGAUGUGCCUUGAAGGCAGCCACCGCCAUCUUUCUUCUUUGAAGCAGGAGCAUAUUUAUUUGCUGAUCCGUCGCUAG